AUGGCCGCCCAACCUCAAGAAGACUACCUCGACAAGGGUAAGCAACUUAAUCCUUGAAUCCCCCAGAAAGCCCAUCCAUCCACGAUCCAUCCAUCCAUCCAUCCAUCCAUCCAUCCAUGCAUCUGUGCUUGCUUUGCUUUGCUUUACUUCGCUUCACUUCACUUAUCAUCUAGCUAACUCACAAUCAACCGCGCGUAUAUAGCCGUCGACGCCAUCGAGAAGAAAGCGGGCGCGGCCUCGGGCCACCCGGUGGAUCCCAGCAAAUACCGGGCCAAGAACGAGAAGCUGACGGAUAAGAUCCGCGAGUUUAUCGAGAAGAAGACGGGCAAGAAGGUAUUGUUUCCUCUCUCUUUUUCUUUCGCUCUCUAUUAGCAAGCACGCACGUAAGGUGUUGGGACUGAUAUUCUGGCUUUUUUCCUUAGAUUCCGUCGAAGAUUUCGAAUUAG